GCCCGCUGGAAGACUUUCGACUCCCGAUUCUUUACAAAAACAAGGCCAUACUGCCACUCUCUUCUUCAACUCUACCACCAACAGCGUGCCGGGGGACAGUCGGUCAUAAGCUCACAAUUAUAAACAGUCCUGUCUUGGACCCGGACACUCUCAAGAAGUUCGACAAACCGUCCCCACGAUCCCCGCGACGCCGACAAACACUUCGGCCAUCCGCCGAAGACCCGACAAACAAUGCGCCAGCCCACUCGUACAGCCCUAGACUCCCUCCUCCACCGCCUCCUCAACAGAUGGCACGCCGUCCUCUCUCUUCCCCGCCAAUCCCCACCGUCUUGGUACCGCGCCCGACUCUUCGAAGAGCUCCGUGAGCUGCGCUCUGCCACCACCACUCUCAGCCGACUUAGCGAGACUGCCGACGUCUUCUUCUCCAUAAGCCGUGCUCGGUACGACGGCUUCCCCGUACGCAUACUUCCUCCUUUUUCAUUGGCGCGUCAUACUGCGCCCAUGCUCUACAUGGUCGCCAAGUACACAUUGAGGUGGGGGUUCUAUAGGACAGCGGCGAGGUUGUGUGGAGCGAAGGAAUGGAAAAGGCUGAGCGAAGUGAUCAACCCGGCGAAGGAUCAUAAGUUGGGGGAGGUUUCGGCACGUCACAGCAUUGAUCCAGACAAGUUCCGUAACACCGGGAGGAUGCUGCGGAGGGUGUGGCCAUUGCUGCCCUAGACUCCUAGAGUCCGCAACAAAGCAACUCUCUCUGUCUGGACGAGCGACAUUCAACGUUCGACAAAAAGCUGACGCUGUGCCGUCGACUAUUUCACAAACAUCUUCUAAAGCCCUACCUUCUCCCACUUCCACCCGUUUGUAUC